AUGGCGGAAGACCAUCGCAGUAGGGGACCGUCUAGAAACGAUCAGCAUCACGAGUCCCAGUAUCCCCCACCUCCAGGAGAGGAAGACGACCGUUCCAGAGGUAUUCCAUAUCACCCACGACCACAAAUGGCGUCAGGAGCAGUCACUCUCCCGUCCAUCCAGGACCCAAACGGACCUUACGGUCCGCCACAGGCGAGAGGUUGGGACUCCCGCUCAGGUAACUACAGCGGCUCGCCGGGCUCUACAAAUGGGUACCCAGCGCCAGGGAGUCAGGGAGGAUACUCUCCUCCCAGCAGCUCAUAUCCGCCGCCUCCGAAUCAACAAUACUUGCCACCUGUCCAGCCUCAUCCGGUAGACUCAAGAGCUAACUAUCCUCCUCCUCCUCCUCCGGACCCCCGGGGUCCGCAAUAUUACGCACCGCAAAGACCGCCGUACAACAACGCAGAUAACUAUGGGUACGCAUACCGCCCGGAUCGUGGCCCACCAGGUUAUGAGAACUACCAGGGUGGCCCGCCUGGCUCUAUGCAACACCAACAGGCUGCACCAAGACAGAGAACGUCAAUUGCUUGUAGGUAUUGCAGAAGGAGAAAGAUACGGUGUAGUGGUUACCAAAACUCUCCAGGCGGCAAAUGUACCAACUGCAUCAAGAUGAACCAAGAAUGUGUUUUUCAACCAGUCUCGUCAGCCGCGUCUACAGCAUUUGUUCCAGUGUCUGCUCUUCAGAACAUUCCUCCAGGCACGCAGCUGUAUGGGUCAUAUGGACAGCCACUAAAUCAAUCAACCCCAGGUCUUCAGCCUGGACCUGGUGGGCCAUACCAGACUGCAAACGCUCAGUACGAUCAACCGCUUCCAUCGCCUACGGGUUCGUUCGGAGGUUAUCCCGACGACAGGUCGGAAGCGGGUAGAAGGCGGCAAAGACCCCCUGAAGAUGACCAUCAUGCGAUGCGUCUACCACCGCCAAGUACGUUCCCAGACGACAACGUCAGAAGGAGAUCACCUUCUUCGAGCAGCAGUCCCAAUCACUUGGCUCCGUAUGGGCAACUGCCAGUCCAGGCUGGGCAACAGGUUGGAUAUGACAAUCGAACGCCGCCGCCUCGAACCAGUCCUUCAGGCCCUCCAGCAAGCGGGGCGUCUGCAAAUUCUGUUAUGAAGCUAGGCAGUAUCAUGGACUCGGCGUCCAGCAAUGAUAUUGAUCGUGGUAUGCUAGGCAGGCUCAAUCAGAGGAAGAAAUAG